UAUCCAUUCAUUCGCCCAUUGUUAAUGUAUUUUGACGGUACUAUAGCUAGGAUUCCAACUUCCGCGUUUGCUGGGUGUAUUGUUUCUUUCCUUUAAACUUUAUUUCGUUGAUGAAGAACUUAGUUUGAUUAUCGGUGCUUUGUGUGAUGUCGGCCUUUGACCUGUGACCCGACCUGGGAGAUGGCAAGUGGAAACAAGUUUGAUGAACUUAGAAAGAAGUUCAGUGCCGAUGGGGUCGGCAAUCCUGGACUGGGAUUAAAGCCAGUGCCUCCUCCUCCCGCCUCAAAAAAUGCGAACUUGGGACAUCCAGCACGAGGUGGAGGAGUAGGCGGAGGAGGAAGUGGAGGGAUGGUCACUAGAGGAGGAGGAGGAGCCUUUGGUUAUAGAGGUAAUAGCUCAAAUUCAACAGGACCAAAGCUUUCUAGUAGUCACAGUCAGCCUACUAUGCCAUCAUUGCCAUCGAGGACUCAGUCUCAGAGCUCAAGCUCCUCGGAUAUAUCAGACAUUCCUCCAGCGACCUCACCAAUAGCUGGUUAUUCAAAGAAAGCUCUGCCAGCGAGGGUAAUUUCACAACCGCCCUCUAUGUUCCGUCAGUCGGAAGCCCACAUAGAAGAGGACAUGUACACUGCUGCUGACGACGAGGAUGCCGACAUGAAUGGGGAUGGGGUAGAGGAUGAACUCUACAUGGUGGACCUGGAUGACAAUGAUCCUGCCGUUAGUUAUCCACCGACAUUCUAUCUGGCAAGGAACUCGAGUCGUAUUGGGUUUGGUGCAGAACUCCAGAGUAAGACUGCUCAUGAUGCAAUCCUCAGACUCAAUGAUCAAGAACUACGUCUCAUGGAAACACUAAAGCGUGUUGUAUCUCAUCGGAUGAGAGCGGACAAAGACUAUGCAACGGCCCUGCAGACCAUUGGUCACCUGGCAACCAAAUUUGAUACAGAUGCCCAGUUAUCACACAACAACAGUCCUUUACUCAAGGCAUGGAAUCACCUGAUCGAGGAAACGGACAGAAUAUGUAAAUUGAUACGGAAUAACGCAGAGGAGAUUCAGAACAUCAUAGAGAAGCUUACAUUGCUCAUCAAAGACAAGCAGGAGUCCAAACGCCAGUACAUGCAGGAACGAACCAGGAUAGACUCCGAGUUUAUGAAGGCAAGGAGAGAGGUGGAUGAAAACUUAAGUACUUACAAGAAAUCAGCUCGGGAAGCGAGGGAGAGUAAAAGCAAAUAUGAGGAACAACUCCAGAAAGGUAACAAAGUCAAAGACAUUGACAGAGCCAAGGAAAAGUACAAGAAGUGUGUGAUCAAACUGCACAAGGCACACAACGACUAUGUCCUGUCGCUACGGGCGGCAGGGUUACACCAAGAGCACUACCGCAACAACAUCCUUCCAAGGCUACUGGAAUGUUUACAGCAGACCCAAGAGAGCCAGGUCGCUCAGAUCAAGCAAGUGAUGGUAGAGCACUGUAAUCUGAUCAACUCCGCAUCUGGGAAGUUUCUCUCCUACUACAACAGCAUCAUGCAAAAUAUGGUGGAGAUAAGACCAGAGAAGGAAUACAGCAGCUUUGUGGAAAAUUACAGAAUGGAGCCCCCUGCCAUGGAGACAUUCACCUUUGACCCCUCACCCUCAGAAGACUUUCCCGAUGGCCUCAAAGAAAACACUAUAGUACUUGACACCCUCACAAUUGAAGCCAUUCAACACUCGCAUUCAUCAUUAGAUGAGCAGCUAAAGAACACGAGAGAAAAACUAUCAUCCAAGAAACAGGAACUCAAGAACCUUGAUGAGGAAAUACGAGCUAUCCCACCCUCGCCCAAAGAAGAGGGCGCUGUACUAGACCUGUUGUCCAAACAGAAGCAGUACCGGGACACGAGCCGGGAGAUCCAGGAGCUACGGUGUCAAGAAGCCAAGCUUGCUACUCAGUACUCUAUGCUUGAUGCCAAGCUGGGGGAGAUGGGGGACGAGGACAACCUUCCGCCCGGCAUCGUCUUCCCGGAAGGAGGCGGCACGGGGACGCUCUCCACCCGAAGCACCAUACAGAGUCCUAACCUCAACUCAGUGAGUCCACAUAGCACAGAUUCAACGACAGAGCAGAAAAGUAUGAGGUCUCACAUGGCAAAGAUGACCAAGAUCUUCAAAGGGAGAGGCCAUGACAGCUCACAUGAGAGGGAACCAUGGUUAUGGUACAGAAGACAGACUAAUCAGUCCAUGAUGGCAGUGAGUGUGAAGCCAAGCAAUAACCAACCUACAGAGCUCCCCCUCGAGGAGGAAGAAUUCUACCAUGGUGCGUUACCGAGGAAAGAAACAGAAAUGUUACUGGUCAACGAUGGGGAUUUCUUGGUUAGAGAGAAGAGCGAUGUGGGACGCUAUGUCCUGUCGGCAAAGCAUGCUGGGAAGGUCCGACACUUCCCCAUCCAGAUAAACGAUGAGAAUAUGUAUCGCCUUGAGGGUGAUGCUUUCCCAACGGUGGGAGAACUCAUCCGCUUCCAGCUGAACAGCAGACAGCCCGUUACUAAGGCCUCGCAGGCCAUACUCCUCAACAGGGUGUGUCGGGUCAGGAACGAGCACGAUCUUAGACAUGAGGAGAUUGAUCUAGAGGAGAAGCUGGGAGCGGGUCAUUUUGGUGAUGUUCAUCGAGGAAGGAUAAAGAGGACCCAGCUUGCUGUAGCAGUGAAGACGUGCAAAGAGACGGUUGACGCGGCAACCAGGAGGAAGUUCCUCCAAGAGGCUAAUAUUCUUAAACAGUACGACCACGUCAACAUUGUCAAGCUCAUUGGAGUCUGCACGGACAAGCAUCCUAUCUAUAUAGUCAUGGAACUCGUGCCUGGUGGUGACCUGCUAUCUUUCUUGAGGAAUGAUCAGAAUGAACUAUCCACCAAGCAACGUGUCAAGAUGGGUGAAGAUGCUGCCUCUGGGAUGGCCUAUCUGGAGUCUAAACAGUGUAUACACAGAGAUUUGGCUGCUAGAAACUGCCUGGUAGGAAACAAGAAUAUAAUUAAGAUAAGUGACUUUGGUAUGUCAAGAGAAGAUGAUGUCUACACGAUACGUGAGGGCGCCAUGAGGCAAAUUCCUAUCAAAUGGACCGCUCCGGAGGCUAUGAACUUUGGUAAAUACACAUCUAUGUCUGAUGUGUGGAGCUUUGGUAUUCUCCUAUGGGAGAUAUUCUCAAACGGGAGUACACCGUACCCUGGCAUGACGAAUAAUGAAGCUAGGGAGAAAGUGCAGCAAGGUUACCGUAUGCCACCACCAGAUAACACCCCUGAUGAGGUUAGGAUACUGAUGGAGAAUUGCUGGAAGAUGGUGGAUGAGGACCGGCCAAAGUUCAAAGACGCUCAGUCGACCCUCAAGAGGGCUUAUAAGUCGGUGCGGUAAUGGUACGCAACAUCUGAGGGCGCCAAGCACAUGUCCUCGAUUUAGGAUGUCUUAUUGAUUUUAUCAUAUUCUUCCAUGCACCUUAGGGGGUAGGGGAUAAUUUUUUUUUUAAUGCAUUGGCGAUUCUCAAGAGAGUUUUUAAGUCAGGCCACAAUUUCCUCAUCUGUAGGGUGACCGUGUUUCGUUGAUUUUGUCAUAUUUUGAUUAAAAGAGAUCGAUUCUAGGAAGUUAUUCACCUGAGGGGAGUGAUGCAGGAAGGGAGGGAGGGUAUUGCAUGGGAAAUUCUGAAUAGAUUUAUUUUAGUAAAAUGUCCUCUUUAUUUUGUGUGUUUCAUAGAUUUCGUCAAAUUUUCCUCAUCAGGGGGCAAUUCUUGGAAUUUAUGCACCUUAGAGAUGGGGUGUAGAGAGGGGGUGGGGCUAUUCUUAAAAUGCAUGGGGAAUUUUCUAGAGCCAAACAUAUCAACUUCUCCAAAGUCUUUCUAACUAUUCAUCCAAUCCACCCAACACUUCUGUUUAAGGUUAUUUGUAUUUCAUGUCAUAGAAACCGAAUUCCUUUGAUUUAGUUAUCAUCCACAUCUUCAUGAAUAUAUUAUAGUUUGAAACAAAUAUUUGACAAUUAAACAGAUCUACCCCAUAAUUUUUUUAUAGAAAUGGUAUCCCACGACAUCAUUCUCGCAUUACUCAUAUCAAUUUUACAGAAAGGCAUCUGAUUUCAAGUAUACAUGGCUGGAUAUUAGCUUGGAUUUGGCUCUCGUUUGAGUAAUCAACCUUUUAAUGAAAAAUGAAAUCAUAAUGACUGUGACUUUUGUGUAUAUCUGCUUUUAAAUGUGCAGAAAUUUGUCAGCAUUUUGUUUACUCUUCCUGUCAUUACAAUCAUAAAACAACUCACAUUGAUGAUUUUUUUUUUCACUCUAUAUUUUUCCAUUUGAAUAAGAAUCCUAUGUACAAUAAAAACAUCUCCACAAAUAACCAACUUGAGGAAUUAAUUUUCACUCUGUUUUUCUCCAUUUUAAUGGGAAUGCUAAUUUUUCAUUUGAACGUUAAAAUAUCUUCCCUAGUUACCAACAUGAUGUUGUAAGAUUGCGAUUAAGGGAAAGACAUUGUUGCUUAAAGCUAUAAAAAAAACACAUUGUUUUGAAGAAAUAAAUUCAACAACACCUUUAUUCUUAAGACUUUGUUUGUUCUUCUGCUUUUUUCUUCAUGGGGAUAGCGGUAGGCUUAGGAGAAGGUGUUCGUUGGUUGUUUUGUAAUAGCACUACACAAUUAUGUUUAUAUUUUGGGCAGUUGGUCUAAUUUGCUAUUCAAAAUCUUUACUGGGGGAAUCUGGUCUGGAUAUGCAGCCAAAAGUCUGUGGCAUUGGAUCGUGCACAGAGAUUGAACCAGCAAGUUGUAUUUGUGCUAGUCUUAUGUCAAGACCCACUUCAAAGUUUCAGUCAGGGUCUGUGCCUACAGACUAUAUAUAAUCUCUUCUCCUUCCAGUAUCAGAGAUGUAUGAUUGCUUGGGAUAUGAUUCCAAACGUAUAUAUAUAUAUAUUCAAAAGAAAAAUUAUGCAAUAUAAAUAGUUUAUUUUGACAAAUUAAUCUGUAAUUUUUUUAUGUGAAUAAAUGCUUUAUUGUUCACAACUGUAAAUUAAUCACAAUGUACAGCUCACCUGAAGACAAAAUGAUAACUCUUUGAAAAUGUCCAGUAGAAUUAUCCAUGUUGCUCUUAGAAGACGAAUAAUGUAUAUUACAUUGAAAUACAUUAUAUAUAUAUUUUCUAGUACUGUGUAAUUAGAAUUUAUGUUAUUUCAAAGUUAAUAUUGGGAGCAAUGAGAUCUGCAAAAAAAAUCAACUCAUGAAAAUUUAUUUUCUGUGUAUUCCUGAUGAACUGGAAUGCUAGAAAAAUCUGAUAUUCAGACAUUGUAUAUUGAAAUCUAAUCCUUCUUCUUAUUUUCCAUUUAUAAAAUGGAUACUGAUCUAUCGGCUUAUUAGACUAGAUGAAUUCCUUUACGUUUCUUUCAUCUCCUCACAAAACCUUGUAAUGGGGGCUAAGGAACUGACUAUAAAUCUAGAAGGGGAAAUUAUGAACUAUAUUACAGUAUAAACUGAUAGCACCCACCUGUAUAGAAGGGUAUCCUUUUUUAUAAAAGGGGGAAGUCCAUCAAGUUGGUUUGAUUUUUUUUGUGACAUACCAGAACUAUAAAAAAAACGUGUCUCAUUUAAACUAGCCUUAUAUCUCCAAAUGAUUCCUUCAGCAAAGGUUCACUAAUUAAACAUCAUGAUUUGUUGCAACUUGAGACCUGUCAAUCUAUUGCCAAUGAUGUAUUUAUGAAUGUGAUGUCCAUGUAACAUUGCUAAAAAAAGUUAAUUUGAACUACGACAAAUCCAGAAAAGAUUGCAUUAUCAAACAUGAAUUGCUAUGGUACGAGACAUUCCUCACAUUGACACAUCUAAUCUGAGCCACAUCUGAAUUGAUUUUUCACAAUGAAAAAGAAUAGUUGAUACAUACAUUACAUGGACAACUUGUCAUUUUUUACCCAACCGGAUGGACCUGGAUAAAAACCUUAAAUAUGAUUUCCCUUGAGCAAAUUUCAAAAUAUAGAAAUAUGUAGUAGAGAAACCUAGCCAUGUAGACCCCUUUUCUAAAGUCUUUCAUUGUUUAAUAAUCCAACUUAUACAGCAUCUGUAUCCAUGACACUGAUUUAGACAGAUGGUAAACUCGGAACAUUAAGGCUCAUGACAUGAUACAUUCUUUUAAACAUUCUAGUAUGAUAUCAAAUAGGAAGUGAUAUAAUAUCAUUUCACAAUGGGGAUUUAUGACAGCCUAUAUUCUUUUAAACCUUCUAGUAUAAUAUCAAGUAGUAAGUGAUAUAAUAUAAGUUAGCAAUGGGGGUUUAUGACAAGCUAUAUUCUUUUAAACACUCCAGUACAAUAGGAAAUAAUAAGUGAUCAUGUUGUAUUAUAUAUCAAUAUGGAUUUCAUAUUACAGUCAGUUAUUGAGUAAUACACUUGGCCUGGCAGUUUGGUUAUGUUUCUGUUCAAACAUCUAAAGUGCCUUCGUGUUAACAUUGUAGGAUAGACAUUUGUGUUGUAUAUCAUUUCAACAGUGCAUUAGAUAUUGUCUUUCCACGUACUUAUAUUUUCAACUCAUUUAAAAUAUAUGCCUUUAGUGUUUUUGUAUUAAACUUUUCUAGAACAAUCUGUGGUUACAAUCAUGCCUUUCACUCACACCAUAUAUUGUAAAUGUGUAUGAUUAUGAUAGCGUCAUUAUCAUUGUAUAUAGAAAAAAAAUACAGAAAAUUGUAUGUAUGUACUAAAUUUGCUAUUUAUAACGAUUCCUACCAUUUCUGACCAUUUUUUUUUAAAUGGUCGGUAGACAAAAGUUUGUACAUUUUGGCUGUGUAUCGUGUACAUGUCAUAAACUUUAAUGUAUGUAUUGGAAUGUAGAAAUUUAUAUAUUUUCAGCUGUAUAUAAGACAUAUAGAGCCUGUAAAGAUUUGUUUUUCUAAAAGUUAGUAGCAUUGUCUUCUCUUUUAGAUCAGCCCUUUUCCUUGAUUUAAUUUCCUCACUAUUGCAUCAUGUCUACACAUGUGAUAAGAAAAGAUAUAUAAAAAUUAUAUGCAGAUUUAUCUAGCGCUUAAUAAAUAUGUUUUUAAGCAUGAAAUGAUCAAAGUCCAAUGAUAGCACAAA